AAAAGGGAACAGGAGCAGAGGACGUUGUGAAGUGCUAUCUGCAGGAUUUCUGCUGUACAAGUUUCAUUUCCAAAUAAACAUUUCUUCACUUCGACAUGCUUGAUACCUGCACUACCUAGACACCGGAAGUCAUGUCUCUGUGAAAGAGACCCCAACCGUGACGACAGUAAUUUUUUUGCCCCAAAGAGUGUACACCCGGCUCAAUGAUGAGGAGCCGAAGCAAUUCAGGCGCUCGCCUGGACUACUACCAGAGAAUAGUCCACAAACUUCUUAUGUGCCAUCAGAAUCCAGUCACUGGUUUAUUCCCAGCGAGCCCAGAAAACGACCACGCUUGGAUUCGAGACAAUGUUUACUGCGUGCUGUCUGUCUGGGGCCUUUCUAUGGCAUACAAGAAGAUGGCUGAUAUGGAUGAAGACAGAGCCAAGACAUAUGAAUUGGAGCAGAGUUGUGUGAAAUUGAUGCGGGGUUUGCUGAUGGCCAUGAUGCAGCAGAAGGAUAAAGUAGAGCUUUUCAAAAUUUCUCAGAAUCCAUUGGAUGCCCUUCAUGCUAAAUAUUCCUCAACAACUGGUCAGUCAGUCGUCGGUGAUUCUGAGUGGGGGCACCUGCAGAUGGAUGCUGUGUCGUUGUACCUCCUGGUACUUGCACAAAUGACUGCCUCUGGCCUACAGAUUAUCUUUAGUUUAGAUGAAGUUUCUUUCAUCCAGAACCUAGUCUUUUACAUUGAGUCUGCCUACUGCAUACCCGAUUAUGGCAUAUGGGAACGUGGUGACAAAGCCAACCAUGGCUUACCAGAACUCAAUGCCAGCUCAAUAGGAAUGGCAAAGGCAGCACUAGAGGCAAUGAAUGAGCUCGAUUUGUUCGGCGCUCGUGGAGGGCCCUCUUCUAUAAUCCAUGUACUUGCCGAUGAAGCUCAAAAAUGCCAAGCUGUUUUGCAGUCUAUGCUACCACGAGAGUCCAGCUCCAAAGAAAUUGAUAGUGGACUUCUGUCAGUUAUAAGCUUUCCUGCUUUUGCUGUAGAUGAUCCACAACUUAUUAACCAGACUAGACAAACAAUUGUUUCCAAACUUGAGGGCAGGUAUGGGUGCAAAAGAUUUCUGCGAGAUGGACAUCGCACUCCAAAGGAAGAUCCAAAUAGAUUGUAUUAUGAGCCAUGGGAACUACGCAUGUUUGAAAACAUUGAAUGUGAAUGGCCAUUAUUUUUCUGUUACCUUAUACUGGAUGCCUUCUUCCUUGGCAAUCAAGAGGCUGCCUCAAAAUACACUGAGGCUUUAGAAUCAGUGAUAAUCAAGGGGGAGUCUGGAAUAAAGCUGGUCCCUGAGCUGUUUGCAGUUCCUGCGAGCAAAGUUGCCGAAGAAUACAAGUUUCCUGGCAGUCAGGAAAGAGUAGCUCUUGGGCACUGCCCAUUCCUAUGGGCUCAAUCCCUCUAUUUAUUAGGUAAACUGCUUCAAGAUGGCUUUUUGGCUGUUGGAGAACUGGAUCCUUUGAAUCGACGACUUUGCUCCGAAAAGAAACCAGAUGUCGUUGUUCAGGUUGUUAUCCUGGCAGAAGACAAUGAAAUUCGUGAAAAACUGAAGCAGCAUGAUAUAAUUGUUCAGACAAUUGCUGAGGUGGCCCCCAUUGAGGUUCAGUCCGCUCGUGUGUUGUCACACCUCUACACUUAUCUUGGUCGAAACAAGAAACUGGGAUUGUCUGGUCGCAAAUCCCGAGAUGUUGGCAUAUUGAGUACAAGCAAGCUCUACUCUUUGCAUGAUCGCAUUUUUGCCUUCACACCUCAGAAAACAGAUCUUGAGGAAGUUUAUACUGUAAGCGACAUAGAUUUCUUAGCCAGCAACUUCACAACAGAUUUUGCAUUUUUGGCCAUGAAUUGGCGGAACACUUUGGGCCGUCCUACUUAUGUCAUCGUCUCUACUCACAGCCAUCUAGAUAAUGGCAAGAUUCCACUUGCUAUGGUUACCACAAUGAAGAAACUAAAAAGUGGAUACAUUAAUGGAACAAGAGUGACAUUAGGAAAUUUAAAUGAAUUUCUAAGUACAUCAUGCAUAACAAAUCUCAGUUUCCUGGGCAGCCAAGAAGAUGGGCUUCCAGACCGACUGAAUCCACAAGUGGAGAAAUAUCUGGAAGACCACAUGAUGAAAUCUCUUGCCACUAAAAGCCAACUUUUAACAAAACCUGCUCAUGACAAAAAGAAAAAUUUACGAAGAAGAAUGUCAGUUAAAGGAGCCAUUAAGAAGACUCGAUCAAUUAUUUUAGUAGAAGCUGAUUCUUUGGGAGUGCCUGUGGCUGGAGAGGAAAGGCGGCCCUCAGAGAGCAGCAAUGAUGGGAAGAAUCGCAGUCCUUCUCCAGAGGAUCUGGUGCCUCUCUGGAAGCAAACACCAUCUCGACACAGUGAGGUCAUUGUUCGUAGGCUGCAGUCAGAAACGCAGUAUGCUGACACAGAAGUCGAGGAGCUUCUUACCAUGUUACGAGAAUCGGAGCAUCUUGAAGAGCAGGGUGAUAUUUUGCAGUACCUGGUGGAUACACAAGGGCUGAAUUUCAACACAGGCAUUGUGGAAGAUGGAAAAGAAGUGACCGUCAAGGAUCUCCUGAAGAUACUGUACGUGAAGGCAUCACAGCAGAAACUUUGGGGUCUUGUGCGCCACACAGCUGGUAUGCUUGGAAAGCGAGUAGAGGAUCUGGCCAAAGCAGUGACUGAUAUAUUAGUUAGGCAAAAGCAGGUCACAGUUGGCAUGCCUCCAUCAAAUGAACAUACCAUCACUGCACCUUUACCUGAAAAUGAAUUGAGGCAGCUGAUCCACCAAGCUUAUGGAGAUGAUGAAAGUACAGCUAUGCUUACUCAGGAAUUGCUGGUUUAUCUUGCAAUGUUUAUUAGAACCGAACCCCAACUCUUUAAUGAGAUGCUACGUCUUAGAGCAGGUCUCAUCAUUCAGGUCAUGGCCACGGAACUUUCUCGUUCUUUGAUCUGUACCGGUGAGGAAGCCUCUGAGCAUCUCCUUAAUCUGUCUCCCUUUGAGAUGAAGAACCUUCUACACCACAUUAUGAGUGGAAAAGAGUUUGCUCUCAGCAGUGUUGGAAGGGGCAAUUUUUCUGUCAUCAGCUGCAAGUCCAGUCGUGUGAGCAAGAGGAGCCAAAUAGGUGGCCUUCUCGCCGUCCCAGAGGGAGAUACUGAAGAGGAAGUCGGCUCCGACCGUCAGGGGCAAUGGCUUCGUCGCCGGCGGCUCGAUGGAGCGCUGAACCGAGUGCCCACAGAUUUCUAUCGGAGAGUUUGGCAUGUGCUAGAACGGUGUCAGGGCCUUGCCAUUGAGGGGAGAGUUCUUCCACAAAAUCUCACCCAGGAAAUGACUUCCGGUGAGCUGAAGUUUGCCCUGGCUGUUGAAACUGUCCUGAACUCAAUACCCCAACCAGAGUAUCGCCAGCUCAUCGUUGAAGCCUUAAUGGUUUUGACAUUGGUGUCAGAGUACAACGUUGCUAAUACCCUUGGUGGUGUGAUUGCUGUAGAGCAUCUUGUCCACAAAGCAAAUCAGAUUUUCCUUGAAGAUCAGAUGAAAGUGAAUGGGGACGCCACACUUUGCUGUGCCAAACCACGUGAACAGCGAGACAUGUCCUGCUCUGGGGGCCUUCUCUGCGGCGGAGCAGCCUACAUUUGCCAGCACUUCUAUGACUCUGCGCCAUCGGGAAGCUACGGCACAAUGAGCUAUGUCACAAGAGCUGUUGCGUCCCUAUUGGACUGUUUGCCGCGUGAAGGAGAUAUGGACUGUACAAUCACCUAGUGUAGCAAUCUGUCUAGUACAGUACUUUAUACUAUGGCUUUUUCCCCCCCAAUAAUUGCCCAUGAAUUUAUGCAGGAUGCAAUAUAUAUGAAGUACUGAUUUCCCAGACUUCUUGUAAUGUAUGCUUGUGGAUAUAGUUCCUGAUAGUAUUUUGUAAUACACCCCAGGAUGAAAUUGUGUGAUCAAUUUUACUGACUAAAUUUGUCAGUUUACUGUUAUAUUUAAUGUAAGUGACUAAUCUUGCUUUAUUUUGUUUCCUGGUGUUUCUUACAAAUACAAAUGCACCUGAAAUUGGUGUGGCCAUUAGCCAUAUUAUGAAUUAACCGACUAAUUGAUUUGCUCAUUUAGUGCUCUGAUGCAUGUACAUAGAUUCAUGCACCAGUUGCGAUAGAGCUGUGAUAAUCAUUGUGCCAUGACCAUACUUCCUAUACAAUGAAGUAGGUUCUUAAACAUCAAGGUUAAGAGAAAAACCUGUUAUGUUGUAAAUCUUUUAU